AUGAGGUCCUUUGCACUCGCCGUCAUCUUUGCUGGCGUUGACCAGGUCUUGGCGACUCGCGCGCGAUGCCUGGUUGGUGAUGAGGAGGGUACCGCCCAAUCAUGGGGUCUCUCACGCAUCGCAGCCACAAGCCAACCGAAAGCCAGUGCCCUGCCAUCAGAGAUCGCCGUCGACGUGCACUUUCACAUCACCAGCACGACAGAUUAUGCUAAUCUUGUGACCGACGAGAUCAUUGCUGCGCAGUGGGAAAUCCUGCGCGACACCUAUGCCGACUACAAUAUCACUCUGACGCUGGUGUCCACCGAGAGCAUCGUCGACGACCUGGCCGGCGCGGGUUGGCUGGUCUUCAACGGCACGGCCUGGAAUAACUAUCCCGAGGAGCAAAAGGCCUUUUUCAACAGCACGCGCAAGGGCGGCUACGAUGAUCUCAACCUCUACUUCUUUGCGCCUUGGUCGCCCGGCGCCUCUGGGUACUGCACGUUCCCGACAACGGUGGCCGGAGCUCUGCCGCAGCCGGGCGACGAGGCCUUUUAUACCGAUCUAUGCGAGAUUAGCGCCUUGAGCAUGCCCGGCGUGCCGGCCGACAAUGCGACGCUGGACGGGUACUAUUACGGCCAUGUCGCGAUCCACGAGACGGGCCACUGGUUCGGCUUGAACCACACCUUUGCCGGUGGUUGCAACGAGCCGGGCGAUUUUGUUGCCGACACUCCGGCUACUGGGAUCGUCUAUGAUUGUCCCGCGCAGUCGGAUACGUGCCCGGAUGUGGCUGGACUGGACCCGAUCUAUAAUUUCAUGUCCUACACCAAUGACACCUGCACUUCUGAGUUCACUCCCGGCCAGAAGGAUCGCAUGUUUGAGACCUUCUUCUCAUAUAGACGAAUUAGCGCGUAG